UUAAUUAGAUUUGUAUGCGAUGUAAAUGAUGAAUAGAAAGAGAGAAAAAAAAGAAAACAAAAAACAAAUAAAAAAUUAUGUAUAUUAUACAAUCAUGUAAUAUCAAUCAAUAAUACAAAUUACCUGAUCAAAUUAAUCUAAAGAGUCAUGUGUAUGUCGGGAGUUUUGAUUUCAAUUAUCUCAUCGAAGAGGCAAUAAAUUUUUUAUCUCUCUCUCUCUCUCUCUCUCUCUCUUUCUCUCUCUCUCUCUCUCUCUCUCACCUCUUUUAUUAUAGUAUUAAUAUUAUGAUUAAACUCGAUCAAAUUUCAUCAUUAAUAGUCCAUUUCUAUUGGCUAACAUCGUCCUCGUUAGUUACCGUGUGUAAUCUCGUGCGAACCCCGUAUUAAAUGUGGCGGGUUUCUCGACAUUAAAUUAUUGACUUUUCAUAAAUACGUUAUUGUAGUAUUUAAAAUAGUUGAGGCACAAAUUAUUGAAAUUUAGAAAAAAUUGUCAAUUUAAAAAAAUCACUUUAAUUCAAUAUUUUUCAAUUUAUAUAUCUACAAUAUAUAUAUAUAUAUGAUGAAUUUCUCUAAAAGUUCUCUACUUAAUCUUAAUUCUAUUGAAGAAAUAGAACAGAAUAUGAAAAAUUUCAAUAUAAAUAGUAAAAAAAAUCUUCUUCAUUAUUAUGACGUAACAACUUCUCAAAUUUGUGACAAUGAAAACCCUCUUGAACAAUGUUCCUAUGUCUGUACAAGAUCAUAUAUUUCUUCAACUAAAACUGAUUUACCAAAGCACAAUCAAGAAAAUUACACUGUUCUAACAGACAAUAAUAUUGGAAUUAGUAUACAGACACCAAUGGUAAAAAGACCUUUAUUGAUACCUACAACGCCAAUAAAGAAAAAGAAACAAUGGAACAGAAACGAAUUAAAGCCAAAAAAAUUAAUGUAUCAAGACGAAAGAUUCUAUGAGAUCAACGAUAGGGAUAGUGGUGUCGUUCUUGAAUCCGAAAAUUAUUCUGAGAUAUGUAGUACUAUAAAAUACAAUAUAUUUCAACAAGAGAAUAAGAAAACGGAGAAAAUAUCUAAUAUAAAAGAAGUAACACAAAAUUCCAAUGCAUUAAUAGAACCAAGAAUUACUAGAUCGAUAACAAAAAAGUUACAGUUGUACAAUAAAAAUAAUGAAAAUAAUAUACAAGAAAUAUACGAGAUAGUAGAAACACCAAGAAGUACAAAAAAUAAUACAACGACAAAGGCUACAUGUAGUAAAAAGUCAACUAAUUAUAAUAAAAAGAAUCAAAACUUUUGUGAGAGAAAAGAAAGUAAGAUAAAUAAUUUGGAUAGAUCACAGUAUAUCGUACGUGAGAACGAUCACAAUAUGCCAAUAUUGUCUCAAUACAAUGGCAAUGGAACAUGGCAAGAUAAGUUACAAUGGUUACAACCACGUCGAGACGUAGGUAUGUGGAUACAAUGUUGUCGAAAAAAAUGUAAAAAAUGGAGGUAUACUAUAGACUAUCAUGAUCCAAUAGAUGUACCUGUUAUAUGGUACUGCGAAAUGAAUUCUGAUAUAAAACUAGCCUCAUGUGUUAUCCCGGAAGAACCUAAGCCACAAGAAAUAGAAUCUGAUUUAAUAGAAAAUAAAUAUAAUGCUGGAAGUAUAGUGUGGGCAAAAAGAAAUACUUACUUAUGGUGGCCUGCUAUGGUGGAUGAUUGUCCUAUUAAAUUUAGAUAUUAUGAAUUAAAAAAGAACUCUAUAAUUCCUGUAAGCAUAAAUAGAUAUAUAGAUGCAAUAUUUCUUCUUUAUGAUAAUAGAGUUUUUUUUAUAAAUAUGCAUAGACAUGCAUAUCUGUAUACAUGCUCAAAUUGAAUAUAUUACAUUAAUUUAUACGUAAUUAUAGGUGAAAUAUCAUGUGAUAUUUUUUGAUAAAAAAGAAUUAAAACAUUCAUGGGUUAAAUGUAAAAGUAUUAAACCCCUUAUUAACAAUAAGAAUAAUGUAUUUCUUGAAAAGGUAUUUACAUAAAAAGUUCUAAUGUAUAUAAUAUAUGAAUAACUUUAUAAAAUAAAUAUAAAAUUUUGUUGUUUCUAAUUCAUAAGCUUAGUACUUUUCCUUUUUUACAGGCUUCUAAUAAUCUUAAAUAUGGAAAUAGAAUAAAAGAAAGUUAUGAUUUAGCUUGCAGUGCUAUUCCAAUGACGAUUUUGGAAAGAUUAAAAAAUUUCAGUUUGGUGGCUCUACACGAAUCUGAAAGAUUAUUAAGUAAUAAUUCAAACAACAAUAUCGUUUCUACUAGCAAUUACAAAAAUAAUGUUACAACAAUUGAAACGGUAUCACACAAUAAUAUAAAAAAAUCAAAUACCGAGUUUAUUACAAAUUUAGUAGAUUUAGAUGAAAUCAUUCCAAGUUCUCAACCAAAACUAGAUGCUACUAUUCAAUCAAAAAAAAGGAAAUUUCGAAGGAAAAAUCAAGUUGGUUAAAUAACCUAAACAUUAAAAAUUAAACAUUGAUCAUAGAAGUUGUAAAUCUUAGAAAUAGAUCUAAAUUCAGUUGUUUCAAUUCUGAAAAAAGAAAAAGAAAAAAAAAAAACCCAAAUUGUACAUACGAUAUGUGUAUAUUUCGUUGAAUUUUUGAUGAUCAUCGAUGAUAUUUUUAAGCGAUUACUUCUUCGUGUUCCAUUUCUAUUAUCGUUAGAAGCAGAGCUUUCCAUUUUUCUCAAACAAGAUUAUUAAAAGCACAAAUAAUACUUUUUAGUUUUUUUUUUUUUUUUACAUAUAAUACAGUACUUGAUAUUACAUGAAUAGCUAUAUAACACAGUGACUAAUUACAUCAUAAGUUGGAAAGAAAUAAAUUCAUCCAAAAAAAAAAAAAA